UGUCUGACGCUCUAGCAAUGCAAAUUUGCUUAUCCGCUAACCGAAGUAACUGUAACGGUGCGCGUCUACAUGACGGCUGCGCAGAAAGCGUUACGUAGUAUUCGCGAACACUAACAAAACCCUAACACCGAUACGAAAUGGCGCGCGCAGAUAUGUCGGUAGUGGUAGUAGUAGGUAUUAUAGUGACCAGUGCCAAAUCGUCGUGCGCGCGUAUACGUGCGUGAAUCUGCGGACAUCUGCGGGAUGUGUUUUAGUAUCCAUUUGUAGUUCACCCUCGCCGGUGUGCACACUGCCGUUCGGUCGCUUCCUAACAUGUGAUUUGCCCUGUGAUAUUGUGAGCGUUGCCGUUGCCUUGGGUAUAGUUUUAGAGUGCGAGAUCCAGAGUGCAAACAAGUACUCUAAAGAACAUCAAAGAAUGUCGAAUCAGGCAUUUGUUUUAUUUCAAACUGUUCAGACGGCAUCCCCGUGGAGGCCUCAGUUACCGCUGCCAAAGGACAUAACGGCUCAUGUGCAGCAGCAACAGAAACAACAGGCCAUGGAGAAGGUAACCCCAGCGACACACAAAUCGAAGGACGGCAAGGACAAGAAAUGGUCUCUAGGCAGUUUGUUUCGCAAGAAGAAGAAGGACAUAGAGACGGAUUCAAGCUCGGAGGAGGACCGGAAGGCAGGUUUUGUGCCGGUUAAAAGUCAGGGCACACUAAAUGGGAAACGAAAGAAGCGAUCCAGUAGAAUUGUUGGGGCCGGAUUUGAUCACAUCGUCAUUAGUCCACCGCAACCACAACAGCAGCACAUUGUUGCACAUCAUCAAUUACAUGCGCAACAACCGUCCCAGAACCAGUACGGAUUUCGAGAUGGUGACCUUAACUCGAUCGAAAGGUAUCCCGCAUCGAAUGGAUCGCUCGAUCGGCGUGGAAGAAAGACGGAUCGAUCAAGCAGACAUUCGAAGGAACGUCAGUCGUCAAGCGAUGAAGAAUCGCACCGAUCGUCGUCGAUGUCACGCUUCCGAAGUGACGACAGUUUGGGCAACCAUAGUGGCGGUUCCCACCGGAAAUCGCGAACUGCACGUACUGAGCGAUACCUGAAGCGAAUGUCACGAGACGAUGGUGGCAGUCCACAGGGAGUAGUUGUGCCAGGUCCAGCUGUUAACCGGUGGCAUACACAACCUAUUUCGCCCAGUAUGAUACACGGUGGAAGUGUCCAGUCAAUGGACGUUACAUACCGACGACAUGCGCAUCAUCAUCCGCAUCAUCACCAGCAGCAGGCGGCUCAUAUGAAUCUGCGCAACUCCUCCAGUCUAACCAAUGUGCCGCAUCACAUUUACCAAGCGAACUCACCAAGCUAUGCACACCAGAUGGGCUACUCGGGAGCAACGCAGUCCCAGGGAGGCAAUCCGCAAGCAGUUACUUAUGAAAAUAGCUUCUAUAUACAGAGCAAGGCAAGCUCAAUGCGCGAUGCUAUACGCAGUCCACCACCGAUUCCACCGCGCGAUCCGCAGCGAAGACUCACGAUAGGCCAUACGAAUGAGGCAAGGCCUGUGUCGUAUGCGUUCGAUCGAUAUCAUCAAACACCGGGUAAUGUCUGGCAGGCCAAUGGAAAGUGUAGCAGUGAGGAUCGUCUCUGGGGUCCCAUGCAACCGGUCCAACGUACUCCACCUUGUCCGGGAUUCCCUAGCACACACACAAUAACGCCACCACGAGCCACUUCCGUACAGCCGGCGGAAGUUCAACAGCAACAGCACAGACAGCGUUACAUUUCUCGACAACAGCAACCGCCAGUAAAUACCAUUCAGCCACCAAGUACACCACCCUCUAGUGUUGCGUACCAUCACCAUCAGCAUCAUCAGCAUCAACAGCAGCAGAACUAUCAUGCCACACUUCCAGCAACACCUCCGCAGCACUCGGUAGAGUAUCGCUACGUUACGGAUGUAACGCCUCGAUCACGUAAACCAAUUCAGAUACAAGAUCGUACCUUCGAACCGUACGAACCGAAGCUACCCGAAUCGGUGAAAACCGGCAGUGAAUCUUCAUUGGCUUACACCAGCACGCCGACACCGACCGGCGGUGGUCGUGUCGGUUCUUCAUCACGUUCAUUGCGCGCAGACAGUUCCGAUUCGGUCGGUGGAGGUGGAUCCCGUACUCCACAACAGUCUGCUUCUGCUUUUUGGCGUCGAAUCGAAGAGGAACAGCAGAACGGUUCCCAGACACGUCGAGGCCGGGCUACGGAACGCCGACCGGGAGUGGCUGGAACGGCCGUUUCAUCACGAUCCGUAUCCACUUCGCGAGCGCUGGAGAUAAUGAACCGUCGUAAUCAGGAGUUGACGCGAGAGCUUGACAGUUUGUUAGACGAUAAACAGGCCAAGAAUGCGGACGGUGAGACGGAAAACAUUGUCAGUGGUAGGUUGUACCUUCGGCAGACAGUUGAGAAUACGGGCAGAGACAAAUCCAACGAAAAGUUGUACGAGGUGAAGGUGAAAACUGCUCCAGAAACGGCCGGACCAAACAAGUACGAGGAACAUGUGGCAAAAACUGUUGCCCAAGGUGCUACUACUCACGGGUCUCAUGGGUAUCGGCGAUACGGCGAAGAACACCACCACCACCACCAACAGCAGCAGCAGCAGCAUUCACAUCAACAACCACCAGCUCCACCUAUGCGAACUAUUUCCAAGAGAAACUCUUGCUCAGAGGAAGAAUUGGCACGCAAGCGCAAGUCGGCAAAUCUCGAGGAAGCCAUCAACGAACUGGAAGCGAUUUACAAGAGUCUCAAAUUGAGUGAUGAGGAUCUGUUGGAGCGAGCGGAGCGACGUGAUCUUCCGACACCGACAGGUUUCAGUCAACGCGCGCGUCACUAUCGUUACGACGCCGAUGUCGAUGAGGACCGUGCAAAGGCAGAGCCGGAUCUGCAGCUGGAUGAUCUUAGCUAUCGCAGUAUCAAGCGCGCGAAUAGCUCAAUCAAAGCACCCGACACACAGCCUCCUUUCGGUAUCCCGGUUGGUCCGAUACCACCUUCUCCCAGCACGGACUAUCUGACGGUGCAGGCACCGGUAAAGCAUACUAAACCACGCUUUCAACCACAACGGUCUCCUGAUUUGGUUGCAGAUGACCUUGCCUUUCGGCAGCUGCGAAAGGACAAAGAUCUGCUGGCUUGCAUUGACCGUGCUGGCGUGCGUCACCAACCAACGCAGAGCGGCAAUACGAGCAGUGGCUCGGAUGAUUCGCGUCAGAAAAGAUCUACAGGUUCCUUGUCCUCUAACAUUUACAGCCAGAUACAGCGUGAUGCUGCCAAACCAUCCGGCGGUAAUCUGGAGGACUAUUAUAAAAUUGAGCUGUACGCAAAGAGCCUACGAGAGGCAAGUACUCCGGGACGCGAAGUGGUCCCAAAGCCGAAAGACGUUUCACCAGCAAAGGAUAAGACGGUUUCUGCGCGACCGAAGAGUGGAACGACUCCGCCUAAAGAAAAUCGAGGUGCUGUAUUUAAUUUGCCAUCAACACUAAAAUCGAAUUCCUCCAGCAGUCCUCCAAAGAGCCCUGGCGUAACGGAAGGAAGCAGCACGGCUUCGACCCCUACUCCUCGACCUAGAUCGGGUACAGAGCCGGUAAUUGUAGGCGCAAAGCAUAAGGCGGAAUUUGAGGAGAUCCUGAACGCGAUCGCACUAGAGGCACAAUCUACCAGCGAGAAGCUGGGAGCGGAUCUGGCGGAGCUACGCAAGGAAACUCAAUCGGUGUCGAGUGGUACGAGCCCGGAAGUGAAGACGGCAGGAGCUCGCUCCAUUUCCAAAACAAUCGCUCCAACAAACAAAGCUUCUGGAGUGGUUGCUAGUACAACGUCAGCAAAGGCAGAGUUGAGUACUACUCCGAAAGAGAUAGACGAAGUUGCUGAAGCCGCAAAGUACUGCGAGCGAAUGUUGCGUAAUGUUAUUCAAGAGGGGCCCAAGAAAGAAACGAAAGAACCAACGAAAGUAUCGACCGUUGCUAUUGAAACGGAUACACAGAAGAACCUGGAACAAAGCCCAAUUGAGCAUGUUGUUGUGAAAACGGCUGUUAAAGAUUCCUGUCCUAUGAUUGUAGAACCGUCUGAACGGAACGAGGAUUUGCUAUUGGGUGGUGUUGUUCAACAAUUAACACCGGCAGGAAGCUUCGAGGCCCUCAGCAAACGCUGUCAGGAACAGCUUAGUGAGCUGGAAGCUGAGGAUGAACAGCGAGAUGAUCGCGUCCGGUCAUCGAUCGAACGUGACUAUGAUAAUCUGGUCGAGAGCAUCAAACCGUUCGAGUCGGAUACGGAUAAAAAGUCCACCGAGGAAGAAAUAGAUCUCAUCAUGAAGGAGUGCGGUAUCGAGCUGGAAUCCAACACUAUCCAAAAGGUAGCUGCAGCUGCUCAAACCGAACUUAGUGAUCGUGUUUCCGAGCCGAAAUCUUCCAGCGAGACAGAACCAUUUCCGAAGUCCUCCUCCCAGAGCGCCGGUCCCAAAUCUAUCGCGAGCGAAACGCACCGCGGACAGCGUGGUUCAAGUAGCUCCCCGUCCAGUGAGGGAAGAACCAAACCGUCCCGAUCACCACCAGUGUCAUCCGUACGAUUGACACCAUCAGACACUGAAUCGCAGUACAACUCGUCCGAAGAGCUAGCCAUGAUCUUCGGCAUCAAGAGCCCAACACCGACAGAAAUUAAACCGUUCGUGAAUAGUGCUAUCCAUGAGUUGGAGAAAAAGCUCUCAUCCGCCACUGCCAAACUAAGCUGCCAACAGCAAUCGGAAUCUAAUUAUCAGCAACAGCAUCAUCCAUUCAUUGCAUCGUCGUAUCCAGCCGUUCAUCACCAACAGUAUCAAGAGCAAGAGGAGCUGCGACACUACACACAUCUUGCGCAGUCCCACUAUCAUCCGCUUGGACAGACUCAACAGUUCUACGAGGAACCAUCCCAUCGAGUGCCAGCAGAGGAAGGCAAAUUUUACAUUACCAACAACGCGAAUAGCCUAACACAGCAACAGGCACCAACGUCCAACGAAUGCUCCGGUUUGCACGCAAUCCUACAAGUGAUACGUGCCGAACAGCAGCAGCAGCAAGAAAAGCAACAGGUUCGAAAAGAGCCAAACGUUUCGAAACAUUGUGAUCUCUACAUCGCUACUGCCACCACAACCUGCAGCCCUCCGAGUAGGGCACAGCCAGCAUCGAACCAAACGACGCUACCUCCGGGUACUUCCACCUCAAACGCACCAAAGUUCAGUGCGGUCAAUUUCCGACGCGUCCAACGACAUCCACCGGUGUCAUUCCCGAAGCGACCGUUAGUAACGCAGCGUUCCCUCGGAUCACCGCCAUCGGUUAACGUCGGCUCGAGCUACUCACCGUCCGGUUCGGCAGGCAGCAUUGCCUUUGCCGCGGCGUCAAUUGCAAACGGACAGCAGCAGCAGCAGCAACAGCAGCAUCAAGCACCGCGACGACGCCAUCACGGCUCACGGAGUCGACUCCCGUCAGCCGACUGCUAA